GACGCGUCAGCCGGCGGGACGGCUGAGCUGCUUCUCUGGGAAGCCGUCCGCUUUUCCUCACGACCCUCUCCGUUCCCGCCUGGGUGCCUCUCGGGCCGGCGGUACUCUGGAGGCUCGAAGCGACUUCCCGGGGGGCUGGUUCGCAGGCACCCUUCCCCUCCGAGGCGGCUCGCGCGCUCCCGACCCCCGCCGCGGCCGGACACACUCGCGCCCUGGUCCGCCUGUCGCCCUCCCGCCUGCUCCCUCCAGUCACCCCACCCUUAGCUGUCCCCGCCACCUUACUCCACAACCCUCCCCCACCGCUCCGCUCACUCCGCGUCCCGGCCGCCCGCUCCCCUCUCCUUUGAACCGCUCACUUCACAGUCCUUCCGCCCCCGGGAAGAAGAAACAUUUUCCGAAGCGCACUCCUCAGCCCUCCCUCCCCACGCGCUCGCCCUCCCCUCCCCCUGCUCUUUCUUGGGGGAGGGGGGCUGUCGCCUUGGAUUGAAGGCCAUUGAUUUGUAUGUAUUUGUCCCAGCGCUGGAGGCUGCCCCAGCCGCCGCGCCGGUGCCGCCACUGCCACCGGAGUUGCCUCACCGCUUCCCUAGGGUGGUUCGGCUCCACCAAACAUGUCGGCUCCUGUCGGGCCCCGGGGCCGCCUGGCUCCCACCCCAGCGGCCUCUCAGCCGCCUCUGCAACCCGAGAUGCCUGACCUCAGCCACCUCACGGAGGAGGAGAGGAAAAUCAUCCUGGCCGUCAUGGAUAGACAGAAGAAAGAAGAGGAGAAGGAGCAGUCCGUACUCAAGGUCAAAGAAGAACACAAACCACAACUGACACAGUGGUUUCCCUUUAGUGGAAUCACUGAACUGGUAAAUAACGUUCUUCAGCCCCAGCAAAAACAACAAAAUGAAAAGGAGCCCCAGACAAAACUGCAUCAGCAGUUUGAAAUGUAUAAGGAGCAGGUAAAGAAGAUGGGAGAAGAAUCACAACAACAGCAAGAACAGAAGGGUGAUGCUCCAACCUGUGGUAUCUGCCACAAAACAAAAUUUGCUGAUGGAUGUGGCCAUAACUGUUCAUAUUGCCAAACAAAGUUCUGUGCUCGUUGUGGAGGCCGAGUGUCAUUACGCUCAAACAAGGAGGACAAAGUGGUUAUGUGGGUAUGUAAUUUGUGCCGAAAACAACAAGAAAUCCUCACUAAAUCAGGAGCAUGGUUUUAUAAUAGUGGAUCUAACACACCACAGCAACUGGAUCAAAAGGUUCUUCGAGGGCUAAGAAAUGAGGAGGCACCUCAGGAGAAGAAAGCAAAACUACAUGAACAGCCCCAGUUCCAAGGACCCUCAGGUGACUUAUCUGUACCUGCAGUGGAGAAAAGUCGAUCUCAUGGGCUCACAAGACAGGAAUCUAUUAAAAAUGGGUCAGGCGUGAAGCACCACAUUGCCAGUGACAUAGCUUCAGACAGGAAAAGAAGUCCAUCUGUGUCCAGAGAUCAGAAUAGAAGAUACGACCAAAGGGAAGAAAGAGAGGAAUAUUCACACUAUGCUACUUCCGAUAGCGCAAUGCCUAGAUCUCCAUCAGAUUAUGCUGAUAGGCGAUCUCAACAUGAACCUCAGUUUUAUGAAGACUCUGAUCAUUUAAGUUACAGGGACUCCAAUAGGAGAAGUCAUAGGCAUUCCAAAGAAUAUAUUGUAGAUGAUGAGGAUGUGGAAAGCAGAGAUGAAUAUGAAAGACAAAGGAGAGAGGAAGAGUACCAGGCACGCUACCGAAGUGAUCCGAAUUUGGCCCGUUAUCCAGUAAAGCCACAGCCCUAUGAAGAACAAAUGCGGAUCCAUGCUGAAGUGUCCCGAGCACGGCAUGAGAGAAGGCAUAGUGAUGUUUCUUUGGCAAAUGCUGACCUAGACGAUUCCAGGAUUUCUAUGCUAAGGAUGGACCGACCAUCAAGGCAAAGAUCUAUAUCUGAACGUAGAGCUGCCAUGGAAAAUCAGCGAUCUUAUUCAAUGGAAAGAACUCGAGAGGCUCAGGGAUCAAGUUCUUAUGCACAAAGGACCACAAACCAUAGUCCUCCUACCCCACGGAGGAGUCCACUACCCAUAGAUAGACCAGACUUGAGGCGUACUGACUCACUAAGGAAACAGCACCACUUAGAACCUAGCUCUGCUGUAAGAAAAACAAAACGGGAAAAAAUGGAAACAAUGUUAAGGAAUGAUUCUCUCAGUUCAGACCAGUCAGAGUCAGUGAGACCUCCACCGCCAAAGCCUCAUAAAUCAAAGAAAGGAGGUAAAAUGCGCCAGGUUUCGUUGAGCAGUUCAGAGGAGGAAUUGGCUUCCACACCCGAAUAUACAAGUUGUGAUGAUGUUGAGAUUGAAAGUGAGAGUGUAAGUGAAAAAGGGGACAGUCAAAAGGGAAAAAGAAAAACUAGUGAGCAGGCAGUUUUGUCGGACUCUAACACCAGGUCUGAGAGACAAAAGAAAAUGAUGUACUUUGGUGGCCACUCUUUGGAAGAGGAUUUGGAAUGGUCUGAGCCUCAGAUUAAGGACUCUGGGGUAGAUACGUGUAGUAGCACAACCCUUAACGAGGAGCAUAGCCAUAGUGAUAAGCACCCUGUAACCUGGCAGCCAUCUAAAGAUGGAGAUCGUUUAAUUGGUCGCAUUUUAUUAAAUAAGCGUCUAAAAGAUGGAAGUGUACCUCGAGAUUCAGGAGCAAUGCUUGGCUUGAAGGUCGUAGGAGGAAAGAUGACUGAAUCAGGUCGGCUUUGUGCAUUUAUUACUAAAGUAAAAAAAGGAAGUUUAGCUGAUACUGUAGGACAUCUUAGACCAGGUGAUGAAGUGUUAGAAUGGAAUGGAAGGCUAUUGCAAGGAGCCACAUUUGAGGAAGUAUAUAACAUCAUUCUGGAAUCCAAACCUGAACCACAAGUGGAGCUUGUAGUUUCAAGGCCUAUUGGAGAUAUACCUAGAAUACCUGAUAGCACAUAUGCACAACUGGAGUCCAGUUCUAGCUCCUUUGAGUCUCAAAAAAUGGAUCGUCCUUCUAUUUCUGUUACCUCUCCUAUGAGUCCUGGAAUGUUGCGGGAUGUUCCACAGUUCCUAUCAGGACAACUUUCAAGCCAAAGCCUUAGUAGAAGAACAACGCCUUUUGUUCCUAGGGUUCAGAUAAAACUAUGGUUUGACAAGGUUGGUCACCAAUUAAUAGUUACAAUUUUGGGAGCGAAGGAUCUCCCUUCCAGGGAAGAUGGGAGGCCAAGGAAUCCUUAUGUUAAAAUCUACUUUCUUCCAGACAGAAGUGAUAAAAACAAGAGAAGAACUAAAACAGUAAAGAAAACAUUGGAACCCAAAUGGAACCAAACAUUUAUUUAUUCUCCAGUCCACCGAAGAGAAUUUCGGGAACGGAUGCUAGAGAUUACCCUUUGGGAUCAAGCUCGAGUUCGAGAGGAAGAAAGUGAAUUCUUAGGCGAGAUUUUAAUUGAAUUAGAAACAGCAUUAUUAGAUGAUGAGCCACAUUGGUACAAACUUCAGACGCAUGAUAUCUCUUCAUUGCCACUUCCCCACCCUUCUCCAUAUAUGCCACGAAGACAGCUCCAUGGAGAGAGCCCAACAAGGAGGUUACAAAGGUCAAAGAGAAUAAGUGAUAGUGAAGUCUCUGACUAUGAUUGUGAUGAUGGAAUUGGUGUAGUAUCAGAUUAUCGACAUGAUGGUCGAGAUCUUCAAAGCUCAACAUUAUCAGUUCCAGAGCAAGUAAUGUCAUCAAACCAUUGUUCACCAUCAGGGUCUCCUCACCGAGUAGAUGUUAUAGGAAGGACUAGAUCAUGGUCACCCAGUGUCCCUCCACCACAAAGUCGGAAUGUGGAACAGGGGCUUCGAGGGACACGCGCUACUACUGGACAUUAUAAUACAAUUAGCCGAAUGGAUAGACAUCGUGUCAUGGAUGACCAUUAUUCUCCAGAUAGAGACAGUCAUUUUCUUACUCUACCUCGCUGCAGAUACAGUCAGAGCAUUGACCAUCAUCACAGGGAUGGCAGGGAUUGUGAAGCAGCAGAUAGACAGCCAUAUCACAGAUCCAGAUCAACAGAACAACAGCCUCUCCUUGAGCGGACCACCACCCGCUCCAGAUCCACUGAACGUCCUGAUACAAACCUCAUGAGGUCGAUGCCUUCAUUAAUGACUGGAAGAUCUGCCCCUCCUUCACCUGCCUUAUCGAGGUCUCAUCCUCGUACUGGGUCUGUCCAGACAAGCCCAUCAAGUACUCCAUUGGCAGGACGAAGGGGCCGGCAGCUUCCACAGCUUCCACCAAAGGGAACAUUGGAGAGAAACAAUGGAGUCAAGGAGAUAGAACCUUAUGAAGAAGUUACAUGGGAAGACCAGCAGAAAAAGGUGAAUGGUACAAUAAGUGAUGACAAACCAUUGCCGAAAAAGAAACACCAAUCUGAGCCAGAAGAACUGGACUCUACAAGGAGAAGAUAUGCAGGUACUAUGGAUAUAGAGGAGAGAAAUCGCCAAAUGAAAAUUAACAAAUACAAACAGGUAGCCGGAUCAGAUCCCAGACUGGAACAAGAUUACCAUUCGAAGUAUCGAUCAGGAUGGGAUCCUCAUAGAGGGGCAGAUAAUGUUUCUACUAAAUCUUCGGACAGUGAUGUAAGUGAUAUAUCUGCGGUUUCAAGGACUAGUAGUGCUUCUCGUUUCAGCAGCACAAGCUACAUGUCUGUCCAAUCAGAACGGCCAAGAGGAAACAAGAAAAUCAGACCAAAGGGAAUAGAAGAGGGAGGGAAAGAAGGGGAUAAGCACGAAGAGAUAGUUCAUGAGAAGGAAGAGGUAAAGGAAGAAAGAAUUAAUGAGAAUGAGAAAGGGAAAGAGAUUUCCAAAACGUGUAAUAAGGAGAAAAACAGAGAAUCAGGAGACGAGAAAAAAACACAAGAUAUACCCGAGCAAGGGAAAGAAAAAGAACAGUGGAAUAAAGAGGAUUUGCAAAGGAGAUUCUCACAAGAUGAUUCCAGUGUCUUUACAUCCAAAAUGCAAAGCAGACAAAUGGGCAUAUCAGGGAAGAACAUGACAAAAAGCACCAGCAUCAGUGGAGACAUGUGCUCGCUGGAGAAGAAUGAUGGCAGCCAGUCUGACACUGCAGUGGGCACCAGCGGCAAAAAGCGGCGUUCUAGCAUUGGGGCCAAAAUGGUAGCUAUUGUUGGUCUCUCACGGAAAAGUCGCAGUGCUUCUCAGCUCAGCCAAACGGAAGCAGGAGGUAAAAAACUAAGGAGCACUGUCCAGAGAAGUACAGAAACAGGCCUGGCCGUGGAGAUGAGGAACUGGAUGACUCGACAGGCAAGCCGAGAGUCUACAGAUGGCAGCAUGAACAGCUACAGCUCAGAAGGAAAUCUGAUCUUCCCUGGUGUUCGCUUGGCCUCUGAUAGCCAGUUCAGCGAUUUUCUAGACGGCCUUGGCCCUGCUCAGCUAGUGGGACGCCAGACUCUGGCUACACCUGCAAUGGGUGACAUUCAGGUAGGAAUGAUGGACAAAAAGGGACAGUUGGAGGUGGAAAUCAUCCGGGCCCGUGGCCUUGUUGUAAAACCAGGUUCCAAGACACUGCCAGCACCGUAUGUAAAGGUGUAUCUAUUGGAUAAUGGAGUCUGCAUAGCCAAAAAGAAAACAAAAGUGGCAAGAAAAACGCUGGAACCCCUUUACCAGCAGCUAUUAUCUUUCGAAGAGAGCCCACAAGGAAAAGUUCUACAGAUCAUCGUCUGGGGAGAUUAUGGCCGCAUGGAUCACAAAUCUUUUAUGGGAGUGGCCCAGAUACUUUUAGAUGAACUAGAGCUAUCCAAUAUGGUGAUCGGAUGGUUCAAACUUUUCCCUCCGUCCUCCCUAGUAGAUCCAACCUUGGCCCCUCUGACAAGAAGAGCUUCCCAAUCAUCUCUGGAAAGUUCAACUGGACCUUCUUACUCUCGUUCAUAGCAGCUGUAAAACUGUUGUCACAGCAACCAGCGUUACAAAAAAAAAAUAAUAAUAAUAAAAAAUCACGGGUUGCAAACCCUGGUAACACUGCAUGCUUAAUGUUGUGUCUUCUGAGCCUGUUUCUAGGGAUACAAAGCGAUCCUGUGUUCUCAGAGGAAGUUGCACACAUUGUGCCCUAAAGAAGGCGCUCAGGUGAAAGAGCAGAGCUGUGAAGAACUAUCAGGUUUGGAAUUCAAUGAUGCUGGAGUUCUGGUCCAAUCUGAAGCCAUGGAUUAAUCUCAAAGAAUCAGUCAGUUUCAUGCAACAGAAGCCCUUUUCAAUGGCACCUUUAUAUUUUUAUCGUUCCUUUUUCUUCAUUUAUCUGAUCCCAAAGCCCUGAUAUGCCACAGAAAUGGAGCUAUACAACCAUGAAGCCGUGUUACAGGUCAAGGAGUGAAAUCCUAGGAAGCAUCAGGUGAAAAGCUGAAGACCAAAGAAGUGGUUAGGAACAAUUGUCAGCCCUCCUCUGGCCAGGGAUCGGAGCAGUCAGUCCAGCAGGGAGAGCGGUAGACUCUGUAGCUCCACGGGCACGUCAUUUACUAAUGCCAAUACGUGUUGGACUCUGAAAAACAAAAUUCUGUGGCUACACUGUACUGAAUGAAAUUAGAGAAACUUUUUUUGCAUGGACACAGAUUAGCUGAAUACUUAAAUUAUUUUCUUGGGGCUGCAACUUGCAAAAAAAAAAAAAGAAUAAAAAUCAGCCAUUUUCAACAAUUUAUAUUAUUUUUAAAAAUAAAUUUCACUAGUGCAUGGUUUUAAAAAGGAGAGAGAAUGCAACAGGGUGAUACAAAGAUACACCAUGUUUAUUCUUUAAUCAUAGUCUGUGUUUUGGCAGACAUUACAAAUGGAAAUACUUUCUAGAAGAUACUUAAAAUUCUCUUUAUGUGACAAAUAAGCAUAAUAUAUUCAAUUUAUUUCCAUGUUAAGUAUACAAAUCUUAUGAAGUUCAAUAUGUGAAAAUUUUUCACAUCUUCUCUCAGUUUUCUUCUUCUCCCUCUUUUAAUCUUUUCUUUCUCCCUGCCAGAGUGAACCUUAUACUAAAAACAUUACAAGUUUUGAUCUGAUCCUCUCUUAAACCCCAUGUUUGAUUCAGAGCUGUAGAUGCCUCUGAAUUUGUGAAUUUCUCAAGGGAAAAAUAACUUUAAGAGCUUUCUUUAUUUCAAGCAUGUUGAAAAGGAUUUUGCAACAUGACUUGGGAAUCCAUAAAAGUAAGUCAGCAUGUAUUUGACAAAGAAGAUAUUUGAACUUUUGCAGUUUAUUGUACAGCGCAUGGUAAUUUUUUUUCACCUUUAAAAUUCAGUUUACAGGAAAAUUCUAAAAUCAUGUGGCCAUUGUAAUGUCUAAUAAGUUUGUUUUUAGCACCAGCAUUAUUCAUACAGGGGUUAAAGUAUUAUUUGUAGAAGGUCUUAGGUUUUGUUUGUUUUUUAAUUAGUUAAAGCAAUUUCUUUAGCCAGUUCCCAUUUACUAUGUGAAUAGAAACACUGCUAAAAAUUGGAAACCCUGAAACACAGAACUGUUUAUUAAUUCAUUUUUUCUGUAGUAAAAUUCAAUUUUUCACAAAUUAUAUUUCUAAAAUAUAGUAAACAUAAAUUUGCAACGAACAAUUUUAAAGCUCCAAUUUUUAGGUGACUCAAAGAAAGUCAGUAUGCCUAUUAAUAGUUAUUUGAUGCCAUCACCAAAAGUCUACAUGAAAAUCUCCUAAAGUCAAAACCCCUGCCUUUGGUUUUACAGACAGUCAUUACCAUUGGGUGGUGCUGCAAGGUCAAAUUUCUACUAAGUUCCCCUAUUUAGAGGAAGAGUCACUAGUUAUUGUAAUAAACCACCCAUGGUUCUUUCUGUAACUUUGAUAAUACAUUAUAAUAGUUUGAUUUUAAUUUUUUGCAUUAAUUUUUGAAAUCCACAUACAUCUCAUUUGUUUAAAUUAAGGCCAUGCACAAGUUUUUUUUUUUUUUUUAAUUCAGUGCUGACCAUUAAAAACUAUCAUGCUUGAUACGGUGCAAAAGUUAAAAUGAGUAUCAUCACUAAAAAUGCCUUCUCUUUAUGUGGUGCAAUACGAAAUACACCGAGACCGUGUCUUGACAUUCUGAUGGACCCAGGUAAUGUUGUUAAAAGAACAAAUAAAACUUUAUUAAAAUAAUUUAGACACCUGCGUACCAGCAACAAUUGAUUUAAUAGACUUACAGUGUCUAUACUAUCCCUUAGAAUAAACGUUUUUUUCCUUAUACUAACAUGCAGUCACAUAAUCUUUUGUGCAUAUUCCUAUACAAAUUAUUUCUAAUUUUAAUAAGAAGGACAUGACUGUAUGGAAUAUUUGUACAUACUUGUCAUUAUGCAGUAUUUAUUUAAAAGUUGGUGUUUUGUUUUUUUGUUUGUUUUAAUUUUCACAUCUGCACCUUGACUUGUGGUUUAGUCAUGUAACCAACACUAUGCCAGUGACUGUUGUUGGCCUGCAUAUAGUAUGUUUGAAAGUAAAGGGAAUUCCAGUUGGAAAAGAAGGGCAGAUUAGUCCUGUAAUGAACACCAAUUAAUGUAAAUCAAAUUCAUUCUGGUGAUGGUAUUUAACACUUUAAAUAAAACAUUUUCUUUACAGA